UUUUUGUUUUCAUUCGUGAAAUAUUUAAUAAAAAAGAAAGAGAUAAUACGUGAAAAGUAACAUAUUGAUCAGCGAUUCUUUGGUCAAAAUAUUCUGUGUUGUAUUUUAUAACUCCAUAAAUUUUGUAAGUUGUAAUAACCUUAACAAAACGUAGAAACCAAAAUACUACUAGUACUAUACUCUUCUUAGAUCAUAAAUUCGCUUCUGGAGAAAGGGGAAAUGAAAUAGACUAAAAUAGAGUGUCUAUGAAAACCACUAUCAAUCCGUGGAAACACUUACGAAUUGGACGAAUAAAUCGACGAUUUCGUUUAUAAAUCCCGACUAGAACGAGGGAAAAAGAAAAUCCCAGAUAAAAGCACCAAGGAAUUCUUGAAAUUUGUGAAGAAUGAUGGAGGCAAGUGGGUUUACUGCAGAAGAUUUAUCAACAAUUGGAGGCAUCGCAACAGUAUCAUUGCUGCAUUCGUUCAUUCCGACCCAUUGGCUGCCUUUCUCUAUUGUCGGCCGUGCCCAGAAAUGGACCCUUUCUCGCACUCUUCUCGUCAGUGAGUUCUCAUUUCUGCGACAUUUUUUUUUUUUUGGAUAAAUCUGCAAUGUAUGUAUCUGAUUUUUUAUUGGCUGUGUUUUUGUUGUGUUACAGCAUAGAUCAGGGAGGCUAGUUGGUGCAUUUCUUUUUUUUUUUCUUUCUUUUUUGGGAAAAAAAAAUUGGGGUUGUUGCUCAUAAGCUAAUGGGAUAUGCACAAUAGAUUUGUGAGGAAAGCUUUAAUUUAUAAUAAUAGUUGACAGUGAGAUCUCAGACGAUUUUCUAUUCAGGGGUGUAAAGAUUUUAUGUAACUUGAAUGCACGAGUGUUUAAUUUAAUGAGUUAAUACUUUAGUUAGUUGUAUUCUUCCAGAGCUGGAUUCUGUCAUCUGAAUGACAUUUUUGGCUUUUGAGUGGUCUUGGGUAACAAGAUGUGCUUCAUACUGAUAGCAAAAGCUCUUCAACAGUUACAUGUCCUUUUCGGCUGUAAUGUCGAGUGAUUGCCCUUAUUCGGCAUGUCUUGUGUUGACGUACCGCUGAAUGCUGCAUUUGGAGCAGUUUUACAUGUAUUGUCUACUUCACUUCUUGGAAUAACGGCAGUUACCAUUACAAACACAAUUGCUGGAGAAGAAACUGUCCACAAACUUGCAUCUCUGCUGCUUGUAUUUCUUGGUGGUAGCUACAUCAUCUUGUUUCUAAAUGGGAAGGGUGGUCACAGCCAUUCACACAAUCAACCCAUGGAGAAAAUGGCCGUUGCUGGGCUUGUCCUAGUUCCAGCUUUGUCGCCGUGUGCAACUACUCUUCCAGUUUUUCUUGCAGUUGGAAAUUCAUCUUCUAUGAUGGUACUUGCCAUCAUUGUUCUGCUAUUCAGCACCAUAACUGUAAUGACUUCGCUGGUGGCUCUCUCAUUCUAUGGUGCUAGUCAGCUGAAGUUUCAUUGGGUGGAACGGUACGACAAACUUCUCGUGGGUUCCGUGCUCUGUUUAGUUGGAAUUUUGACUCUCCUUUUCCAUGAUCAUGAUCAUCAUGAUGGAGAUGCGACUCUGACUGGAGAUCGCCACCGGAAAUUGAUUGUACUUUAAGAGAGUCCUUAUUGUAGGACUUUGUAAAUUUCGCAUUGUAACGGAACAGAGUUUGGAUUGUCAUGUAUUGGAAGUUUGUUAUAAGUAAUGCACAAACUUAUCUCCUUUUUAUGAGGGCUUUUUGACAUGUAUGAAACCCCUACAACUUUCUCCUUUUGUAUAUAUAUAGCAACAUUUAAGGCUGCCCAAGUUUUCGUCAGUCUCGAAUGAAGGGUUCCUUUUUUUUUUUUUUUUCCUCGGCUGGGGAUUUGAGUUUACCAAUAGUCCCCCAUCCCCAAAAAAACAAAAAAGAAAAAUUUCACAUUGUUGGAAAAAUAGUCCAC